CUUUUAUUUUGUCUUUGCUUGUACUUUUUUUAUUUUGCAUUUGUGAAACACAAAGAAAACUCAUCUAAAAUGGAAGCGAAUUUCCAAGUUAUUGAGUUGUUUUUAAUUUCCGCGCUCAGGCUGACGUAAGUAACCGAUUUCACUUCCUUAGCAACGCGCGCGAGCGUGCGCACGAAUCGGUUAAUGGGCCCUCAGGCUGAAAAUAUAGUUGUUUCCUUUAUCUUAAGACACGACCACAGACAACUUUCUUGAUAGUGAUUUCAUUACGUGUAAGCAUCUCCCUCAAUAUUCUGUUGACCUUUCAGACAAGGAUACAGUGCAAUUGCAUGACUUGCUGGCCGAGAAGACAGCAAGAAUCAAAUCGGCUUCACAUGGAACGUCAAGACGUACAUCCGUUUUGUCCAUUUGAUGUUACAUUACUUGGCCAAGACGGAAAAGAGUUCAAGGCUCACAGAAAUGUUUUGGCUGAAGCGAGUCCUUUCUUUGAAAAGCUGCUACAGAGUGACAUGAAAGAGAACAAAGAGGGAGUCAUACGUCUGGAAAUGUUGACUGAAUCGCUCUUGCAAGAAAUUCUGGAGUUUAUUUACAGCGGCAAUGUUCAGAUAUCGAGUGAAGAAAAUGCCAAAGAAUUGAUCACGGCAGCAGAUUAUCUAUUUUUUCCAAACCUGAAGAAGAUUGCUGGGAGAUUUCUUGAGUGCAGCAUGACCAUUUUAAAUUGUAUUUCAACUUAUCAUUUUGCAGAAAUGUAUCGAUGUGACGAGCUUGUCGUCAAAGCCAGAACAUUCAUUGAAUCGAACUUUGCCUGUGUCGCCAAAUCAGGAGAGUUUUUGAAUUUGACAAGUCAGGAAGUGGAAGAGUGGAUUUCAAGUGAUGAAAUUGUCAUUAACAGGGAAGAAGACAUUUUUAUUAUCAUACUUGGAUGGAUAGCGAAAGAGCGGAAGUCGAGAAUCGGAAAAUUUGAAGAGCUGUUUCGUCACGUUCGACUUAUUUUUGCGUCGCGUGACUUUUUACUUAAAGAGCUCGUGACCAACGAUUUCGUGAAACAAAAUGGGUCAUGUAAGAAUCGCGUGACGCAGGCUAUGAAUUGGUUCGAUGGCUCAACGUCUUGUGAUCCUCUAUCGCCAAAAUCACCAAGAAAAGUAUUUGAGGCACAUGUCUUGGUGGUUUAUGGAGGGAACAGCGUUGCCUGUUAUCUUCCUGGUGAAGAUAAGUGGUAUCAAUUACCAGAGAACCCUGCGCGAGAAUCAUCCGAAAUUAUUGCACACGAAGGGAAACUUUUUGCUAUCACAGAACGUCUUCACAAGGCGGAAUGCUACGAACCUCUUCGUAAUAAAUGGACUUCAUUAGCACUGACAAACAGAUUGGAGUUUAUUGAUAUUAAUAAAGGCGCGGUAGGCGGCGAUUGCAUUCUUGCAGCAAAUGGCGCGAUUUAUGCAGUAGUAGUUUCAAGAAACAUGCCGAGUGAAGACUACCGAACCGAGUUUGCAAAGUACAAUAUGGCGUCACGUUCAUGGCAAUUUUUACCAUGUCCUUUUCUGGCGGGAAAACAUGGUGUGUGUGCCGUCGCCUUCAACAAGUACAUCUACGUUGUGGGAGGUUAUGGAGGUAAUUUUUGGACAGACCAAUUUGAGUGGAAUGACGCUGCGAGAUUUGACACGGAAAACAGCGCAUGGGAACAAAUAGCCACGCUACGAGAGGCGCGAGCCGAGGCGUUUGGUGCAGCUGUAAACGGAAAAGUCUACAUCGCUGGUGGAGUGAAAAUAACAAUUGUGUUAACAAGUUGCGAAGUGUACAACGAGAUGACAAAUGAAUGGAGCUUUAUUGCAUGUUUGACAGUUCCUCGCGCCAGUGGGAAUAUGGCUUGUGUGGAUGGCACGUUGUAUGUGCUAGGUGGAACCACAGACCGGGGAAUUCGUCGGUCUGCAGAACCAAGUCUUACUGUAGAGUGCUAUGACCCUGAAAAAGACAGAUGGCGCAAGAAAACCACUUUGCCGAGGCUUGUUCCUACUUCUGAAGAAACAUUGUUGAACGGCGGCUACCGGGCUUGUUCUGCGAAACUGCUUAAAGGAUUCUUAACGACGGAAUCGCCUAAGAGACGGCACGUUCGACACUGUUGCAUCGCUUGAUCAGAGGAAUCUACGAACAUCCGGUACAGCGGCAUUGCCUACUGGUUUUCUCGGGCGAGACUUUUUAAAAAUUCAUGCAGUAGACUACUCGAUGUAUGAAUCACGGAUCGUUUGAAACACUAUGUAGAAAAGUAUACUUAAACAAAUUAACUUUCUUGUUUCGUUUUUUGUGGGUGUGUUUGUUUGUCUUGAUAACAAUAAAUCGUUUUCAC